AUGGCGAAUCUCGUGGAAGCAACAACCCAACAGCAAUUCGAAGGAUUUCUUGCCAAGGCUGGAAAUAGCCUCACCGUAGUACAUUUUCAGGCGACAUGGGCUCCUCAGUGCGGUCAAAUGAACGAAGUGAUGGCCGAACUGGCCAAAGAGCACGCACACACCACGUUUAUCAAGCUGGAGGCGGAAGCGGUACCGGAGGUAUCAGAGAAGUAUGAAAUCUCUUCUGUUCCCACUUUCCUUUUCUUCAAGGGGAUGGAGAAAGUGGACCGCUUGGACGGAGCGCACGCUCCGGAGUUGACCAAGAAGGUCCAGCGUUUGGCCGUUGCUGGGGGCCCCGAUGGAGCUGCAGAAAGUAGCGCUACAGACCUGAACCAGCGGCUGAAGAAGCUGGUCAACGCGGCCCCCUGCAUGCUGUUCAUGAAGGGCGCCCCUCAGGAGCCCCGCUGCGGCUUCAGUCGACAAAUAGUGGCGCUGCUGAAGGAGCACAACAUCCAGUUCAGCAGCUUCGACAUUCUGUCAGACGAGGAGGUCCGACAGGGCUUGAAGACCUACUCCAACUGGCCCACGUACCCUCAGCUGUAUGUGAACGGGGAGUUGGUGGGAGGCCUGGACAUUGUGAAGGAGCUGGCAGAGUCUGGAGAGCUGGAGAACACCUGCCCGAAAGCCAUCACCUUAGAGCACCGCCUGAAGACCAUCAUCAACCAGAGCCCGGUCAUGCUGUUCAUGAAGGGCAACAAGGAGUCUGCAAAAUGUGGCUUCAGCAGGCAAAUACUGGAGGCCUUGAACGGCACCGGAGUGGAUUACGAUACCUUUGAUAUUCUGCAGGAUGAAGAAGUGCGGCAGGGGCUCAAGUCUUACUCUAACUGGCCGACUUACCCCCAGCUCUAUGUGAAAGGGGAGCUCAUCGGUGGCUUGGACAUAGUCAAGGAGCUGAAAGAGAGCGGAGAGCUGGUGUCAGUGCUGAAGGGGGAGUCAUAGGUGGAUUUACCAGUUAAUUUCCAGAGGGAACAAGAAGGAACUGGCAGGCUUACAUCAGCUGUUCAGUCACUAAUGAAACCCUAGAAAGGGGCCAGGAAGUGAGAUAAACAAUAGACAUGCCAGUUAAUGAAAUUGUUCCCAUCUAACUAAACUAUUGUAGCAGUUGGAAAAGUUUAACUUGAGAGAAGGUUUUGCUGAGUCAUCAUUAAUACUUGUUUAAAAAUGAAAGUGAAGCUUGAUUCUGUUCAACCUGAAAAUGAGUCAGCAAACAAAGACUGUUCUUCACAUUUUCUCUUAUUACAGCCUCACACUUCAGGUACAUUUAGUAAACUUCUGCAUACUCGUCUGCUUUCUCUUCACGCUGUCCUGUGCACGCAUGUAACCUCUGGAUUUAAGAGAAAACUGUCCUUUUGUUCAAAGAGCACUGGUUUAAACACUUGGAGCAAACUGUGUGGCACUUGUUAUCCAGUAACAAUGAAAUUAAAUGAGAAAAAGAACUAAA